AUGGCUUCACAAGUGGAGAUAUCCAUAGAAAAAUGUGCUACAAUUGUAGCACUUAGACAAGCAGUUUUACCUAUUCACCAAAUUGUGAAACAGUGUAGUGUGUCUAUAAGGGGAGUGCAAUUCACCCUUCACUGCCAGAAGACAACAGGUAGCAACAAGGACAUACCAAGACCAGGAAAACCUUGUAAAACAACUAAAAGUGAUUAUAAAUAUAUCAGAAUUAGCAGUAAGAGAAAUAGAUUCAAAACAGCACCCCAAAUUUGUGCUGAAUUGAUAGCAAUGAACAUGACAACUAUAUCUGUUGCAACAGUAAAAAGGAGACUGACUGAAGCCUGCUUGAAAGGAUGUGUCGCAGCAAGAAAACCCCUUCUAAGGCCAACAGAUAAACAGAAGAGACUUGAAUGGGUUAGAAAACAUUUAGUGUAUCAGUCCACAUCUGCUCAUUUUGAUCUUAAUAAACUUGUCAAAACAUUAUAA